ACGCAGCGAAACUAUUAUUUCAUCUAUAUCGUGUGUCGUCAGCUGGUUCAGACUGUAACGGAUUGAGACUUCCGACGAGUGUACGUUGUGUCUGCUGCUUUAACUCCAUCAUUUCAUUUGAGUCCUCGAACGAAUUUUCAUUAAGAAAUUUUAAUACGAAAAUGUCUUCUUGCACGAGGAUGCAACACUCCGUUCAACAGACUAACGGUGAUGGUAAUCCGGCCUCACCCAGGAAAAAACAGAGAACUUCCACGAGUGGGCUCGUUUCCAAGGUCACGGUAGUCCUUGGCGCGCAAUGGGGUGAUGAGGGCAAGGGAAAAGUUGUGGAUAUGCUGGCAACAGAUGCUGACAUCGUUUGUAGAUGUCAAGGAGGAAAUAAUGCAGGGCAUACUGUAGUUGUAGAAGGUGCCGAAUUCGACUUUCACCUUCUGCCUAGUGGAAUAAUCAAUCCCAGAUGCAAAUCCGUUAUAGGAAAUGGUGUAGUUGUUCACCUCCCAGGUCUCUUUGAAGAAUUAGCAAAAAAUGAAACCAAGGGACUUAAAGAUUGGAAAGAUAAACUCAUUAUAUCAGAUCGAGCACAUCUGGUAUUUGAUUUACAUCAACAGGUGGAUGGAUUACAAGAAUUAGAAAAGGGAACUCAGUCUUUAGGAACUACAAAAAAAGGUAUAGGACCAACCUAUUCCAGCAAAGCUACAAGAAAUGGAAUUAGAAUUGGAGAUCUUUUGGGAGAUUUUGACAUAUUUACUGAAAAGUUCAAUGCACUAGUACUUUCAUACCAAAAAAUGUUUCCUGCAUUACAAGUGGAUACAAAAGCAGAGUUAGAGCGUUAUAAAGACUAUGCUGAACGUGUAAGGCCACUUGUAAAAGAAACUGUUCAAUACUUACAUCAGGCUUUAAAAGAAAAUAAAAAGGUGCUGGUAGAAGGUGCUAAUGCUGCUAUGCUGGAUAUUGAUUUUGGAACAUAUCCAUACGUGACAAGUUCAAAUUGCAGUAUAGGUGGAGUUUGCACAGGUCUUGGUUUACCACCUAAUACAAUAGGUGAAAUCAUUGGUGUGGUAAAAGCAUACACUACAAGAGUUGGAGAUGGUCCCUUCCCGACAGAACUUUUAGAUGCAACAGGAGAAUUACUUCAAAAUAGAGGUCAUGAAUUUGGAGUAACUACAAAAAGGAAGAGAAGAUGUGGGUGGCUUGAUUUAACAUUGCUUAAAUAUACAUCAAUGGUUAAUGGAUAUACCUCUAUAUGUUUAACAAAAUUGGAUAUCCUUGAUACAUUACCUGAAUUAAAAGUGUGCGUUGGGUAUCGUAUAAAUGGAAAAGAAAUAGAUUAUUUCCCAAGUACAACAGCAGAAUUAGGAAAAGUUGAAGCUAUAUACGAGAAAGUAGAUGGGUGGCUAUCUUUGACUGAAGGUGUGCGUUCCAUAGAUAAGCUACCGCAUAAUGCACGAAAAUACAUUCAAUUCAUAGAACAAUAUUUGGAUAUACCUGUAAAAUGGAUUGGCGUUGGUGCUGGUCGAGAAAGCGUAAUUACCCUUUGACGUUGUAGGAUUUGUAUUGUGUUACUUAAACGCACCAUAUGUAGUGUAUUAUUAAUUCUAAUUUUAUGUGUAACAUUUCCGGUUCAGAGCUGAUGCACGCACACUACGAGAAGUUGAAACAAAAAAGCUUUCAGCAGAAGUAGUAUUAUCUUUGGAUUUAAGCAAUUAGAUACUUGUAUUGUGAUUAUGAUACAGUGUUAACAUUUAGUCAUUUGUGUAGUCAGUGUCUAUUAUCUGAGCCCGACUAUCGUCGAAAAACUUCUUGUUGUUUUCGUCUGUUCAAAGAGAAUAACUUAUUGUACAAAUAUUUAAUAAUAUCUAUUGUCUAUAUAAUUUA